CCUGCACCUUCUCUCUCCCUAUUCAUCAACUCCCUCCUUUUCACUCCAAAACUGACGACUACACGCCUUCAAAUCCUGCUUGGAUCCCAAAGUAGCAAGAGCCUUCUUUUUCAUCGAGUUGUCUAUUGCUGUGGCGAGAUCAAUUCUUCUCCUGUCACCUAACCAAAAGGAGAGCAUGUCUAUCCCCUCAGGUGUCCGUAUUGCGGAUGAGUGCAUCUCUGCCGUUAACGACCUCCGCUCCAAAAGAGGGCCGACUAAACCUCAAUUCGUCAUCUUCAAGAUUUCCGAUGACCAAAGGACUGUUAUAGUGGAGGAAUCGUCUCCUGAAAAGGACUACGAGGAAUUCCUCCAAAGAAUUUCGUUAGCAGUGGAACCGAAUGGUGACGCAGCAGCUCGCUAUGCGGUGUAUGACGUGGAAUAUAGUCUUGGCGGCGACGGUAAGAGAGUUAAAAGCAUAUUUAUAUCCUGGGUUCCGAGUCAAACUUCGAUCAAGUCUCGUAUGAUUUACGCAAGCACAAGAGAACAAUUGAACAAGGCAUUGAACAUUGGUGCCUCGAUCCAUGCUGAUGACUUGGAGGACCUCGAAUGGAGCAAUGUAGUAAGGGAGGCAAGCGGGGGAAAGGCCUAGACGCCCAUUUAAAAUUGUUUCGCUUGGAUAGUUUUGAG